UUCAAAAUUGGCAUAGAAGCGCAUUUUGUUUAACUGCCAAAAUUGUAUGUGAUAAAAUCCGGCCAUCCGUACAACGGCCGACAACGGCGAUGGGCGCCACCGCCGCCUUCUCUUCAAUCCUCACCGGGAGUAUUGUAUCCUCUCUCUUAUCCGCCUCCACUUGCCGCCGGAACUUCUUCAUUCCAAUCAACCUCGCGCGCACGUUAGCCUCCACGCAAUCCUCUUUCAGGCAUAUUCACAAACACCACAUCUGCAACGCCGCACACAGAAACCGAAGCUGCGAAUCCACUGCGUCCGCAUAUGUUAGUACGGAUUCGUCAAUUUCCACCUCUAAUAAUAAUAGCUAUCCUCCAUACGGACGAUUACUUCCUUGCCCCUCCCAGAAUGGACCUCCAAGGGUAGAACACUUUGUUGUUACAGAAGGAGGACCCGUUCUCGAUUAUAUCAGCAAGUCAUUAAAUAUUCCAUCUCCAUUUGUUGCAGAUCUCAUUCAUUUUGGAGCAGUAUUUUACGCUCUUGUAUGCCCAGACCCUCCUCCAACUGCUACACCUGAGCAAAUCAAUUUUUUUAAAGAAUAUACUGACCCAUCCCUGCUAAGGAAAAGAUCGUCGAUAAAAGGGAAGACAUUCCGAGAAGCUCAAAAGACUUUUCGAAUAUCUCGCACUGAUGAGUUUGUCGAAACUGGGACAUACUUGCGGGUGCAUGUACACCCAAAACGGUUUCCAAGGUGUUACGAAACUGACUGGAGAUCUCGAGUUAUUGCUGUGGCUGAAAGUUAUGUUGUUUUGGACAAGCCUGCGGGUACAUCAGUUGGAGGCACCACAGACAACAUCGAAGAAAGUUGUGUAACAUUUACGACUCGUGCCUUGGGAUUAGAGGCUCCAUUGAUCACUACCCACCAGAUUGAUAACUGUACCGAGGGAUGUGUAGUAUUGGCAAGAACAAAGGAGUACUGCUCAGUUUUUCAUGGGAAAAUAAGGGAGAAAAAGGUUAAGAAGCUUUAUCUCGCGCUUGCUGCAGCUCCCGUAUCAAUUGGAGUAAUUACCCACUAUAUGCGUCCGGUUAAUAUUGCACCUCGACUGGUUUCUGAAGAUUUAGUCAAUGGGUGGCACUUAUGCCAACUCGAGGUCUUGGAAUGCAGGAAGAUUCCCUGGCCAAGUAGUAUAGCUGAAGAGAAGAACAGAGUUGAGGAUUGUGGAUGGCCUAGCAAAGACUUUGCAUACGAGUGUAAAGUCAACCUUUUGACUGGUCGGACACAUCAGAUUCGGGCACAAUUUGCUGCUUGUGGGGCUCCUCUAGUGGGCGACUCAAUGUACAUGCCAGCUGCCAUUGCUGAGGUGGACAGACCUGAACUGAACCCAUUUGGCAAGAACAAGAAAGAGUACGCGAGUGAUGAUAUUAAAGCAGUAGCUGUUGAAGAAUGGAUUGCACGGCAUGGGAAAGAACCUAUUGUUGCCAUUGGUCUUCAAGCAUGCAAGAUCUCGUGGGAUAGUGAUGAAGAGCAGCACAGCUAUGAAGCUGGUCGUCCAUGGUGGAGGUGAAUACAGCUUACAUAGCUGUGUGUACUGUGUGCAAGAUUAGUCGAAAAGUUGUGUCAGACUUUUUUACAUCAAAGAGAUCUUGAAACUCAUCAGCGAAAAGUCAACAGAAUAUAUAUCUGAGGCCAGUGGUAUUCGGCCAGGCCUGUUCGAACAUAGCAUAACAAGGAAGGUAAUUUUAGAUGAAUUAUUUCUUGAGUAAUUAUGAAUUAACAUCUUUUUUUGCUAUAUAUUUGGCUGUAAAAACUAUUAAAAUUAUAUAUUAUACGAUUUUAUGAAUUAACAAUUUCAGAUAUUUUUUGGCAAAAAA